GAUGUGUCGGGCGGUCGGACAAAAUAGUGUUUUCGGCUCAUUCUGGAGCGACUCUUCGCAGCUGCGCCGUCUCCGUCUUCAUGUAUCCGAAUCUGACGCAAACAUCUUGACGUGACUGGGAUGCUAUCAUGGAGCAGGACGGUCGGCAAGAGGGCGAGGAGCAGGGAGUGAAGACACUGGAUCCACCUGUGGACGUCUUGGCAACUUCCCUGUCGUUGUUGGGGAAUCACAUGUUUCCUGAUCCGGUGGAUGGGCACGACAGUGACUCAGUGAAAAAUAAAGAACUCGCCGAUUCUGCCCAGUCAGACUUGAGCACGGAUGAGUCGGUCCUGGAUGCAGGAUCGCAGGCAAACCUCAGAGCGCCUGAGCACGACUGCGAGUUGUCCGCCCAAGCAGCUGAUGUAGGGACGGAUGCGUCUGCAGAUGACGACAAGAGUGAUUCUGCAGACUUUGUGGUGGCUAUGUUGGCUAAGGCCAAGCUUGAGGAGCAGGGUUUAGGCGAGAAGGGGAGGUCGUCCCCUCUGCUGGAGGCCGGCACACAAGGAUCUCCGCCACACUUGUCUCAUCGCGAGGAGGAUGUGACUGCUGACAGCUGGCGGCAGCACAGGAAGCAUGUUUUUGUGCUCAGUGAAGCAGGGAAGCCGAUUUAUUCUCGGUAUGGCAGUGAAGAGGCUCUGUCGUCGACCAUGGGAGUCAUGAUGGCGCUGGUGUCGUUCGUCCAGAGUGGAGACAACGUCAUCCGGUCAGUCUAUUCAGAAGAGCACACGGUGGUCUUCCUGCAGAAAGGGCCCCUGGUGCUGGUGUGCGUGUCCAGCAGUCGGCAGUCGGAGCAGCAGCUGCGAGACGAGCUGCUGUAUGUCUACUACCAGAUCAUCAGCAUGCUGACCCAGGCCAGCAUCUCCCGCAUCUUCGAGCACAAGAAGAACUACGACCUCAGGAGGCUGCUGGCCGGCUCCGAGAAGAUCCUGGACGGUCUUCUCAACCUGGUGGAUUCAGACCCCAGCUUCUUGUUGUCAGCGGUGCACUGUCUGCCCCUGGCCUCUUCUCUCAGGGACUCUCUCAGCCAGAUCCUGCAAAAGUCCAUCACCACCAACUUGGUCUUCUCCAUCCUCAUCGCCAAGAACCAGCUGCUCACCAUCGUUCAGGAAAAAACUGUCAUCGAGGACAACAGACUCGAACCUGCGGACGUUCACCUCCUGCUCAACCUCAUCGGAGCCUCCUCUGCCUUCCAGGCUGGAGAGAUCUGGACUCCCAUAUGCCUCCCGCUCUUCAACCCUGACUGUUACUUUUAUGCAUACAUCUCCUACCUGGACCCCCCGGCCUGCACCGUGUGCUUGCUGCUGCUCUCCACCGACAAGGAGGCCUUUUAUGCCGUCGCCGAGUGCAAGAGGAAGAUCGAGGAGGCCAUGGUGGCGCAGAACUCACUGAGCCUCAUCGCUAAGGCUCAGUCAUACAGCGUGAGCCAGGUGGGGGUCUCCGACCUCAGACACUUCAUGUACAAGCCCUUCGACGUGCCAGACAACUACCGCCAGCUCACCCAGUUCACCAGCCCAGAAAUGGAGGCGCCGUACAGCAGCGAGGAGGAGAAGAUGAGGCUCCUGGAUCUGUACCGCUACAUGCACAGUCGCAUCCACAGUUCGUCGCGGCCCCUCAAGCUCAUCUAUCACGUCGCCGAGAGAGAAACGCUGCUGGCGUGGGUCACGAGCAAGUUCGAGCUGUACACCUGCUUCAGCCCUCUGGUGACCAAAGCCUGCGCCAUCACGGUCAUCACCAAACUGCUGCGCUGGAUCAAGAAGGAGGAGGAGCGCCUCUUCAUCAGGUACCCCCCGAAGUACUCCACCACCCCAAACCCCAGCAAAAGCUCCCGCACUGGCAAGUCUGACCAGCAGGACUCCACAGACAACGGCUUCUUGUCUCUGCUAUAAGGCUCCCGGCACGGCUCUCGCUAGUCGCCACACUGGUUUCAGGAUAUUCUUUUUGGGGGUCCAACACUAUGUUUUACACUAUUUAAAGCAGGAAUCUUCAUGGAGAGGAGGCAUGGCAUCUCAUCGGUGUUCUCAGUCAGGUGGACUCAAAAAGUCAAAGGUGCAUUUUUAAACUGAACUGUGGUAGCAAAUAGAUGCAAAUGGUAUUUAAAUGUUUUUAAAGUUUUAUCGGCGGGGGGUGGUGGCGUGAUAAAUCAAUUCAAUUCAAUCAUGAAAUAGGAUCUGGCUACUCCCCAAAAACCUUGUGAAACAAACGGCACACAAUGAAGCCCCUUAAAUUUCCUUCCACUCACCGGUUACGAUGAACUUACCGAGCGCAGAAUCAUGGCCGUCACCCUGGUCUAUCUUUUAUAUGAUGGUUUUGUAAAGAUGCUCUUUAACACAGUCGCCUCAUUUUUGUGUUGUUGGAGGAACAUCAUGUACAUUUAUCUGUCUCAAGAGUUUGUCUAUAGAAAUCUGAAAUAAAUCCCUGGUUGCACAGAAAGCAGGUUUCCUUAUUUGAUCAUGUGAAGCUGAAGGAGACAUGGUUUCAUUUUGUCCUCUUGCAGCAGACCAAGCUGAGGUGUGACUGUAUUUCAGUGGCCCUGGUGAGGUCCGUCUGGAACGAUGAAACUCCAUGUGCACAAAUAUCUCUGCCACCCAAUGGACAAUUUUAAUACUAGUUUUUCUGCCAUUCAUUUUUAGUUCAACUUUAAAUUAUGUCUGUAACAAAAGACACUUAUAAAAUGAUACACAAAUGAUAUUGUCAAACACUAAAUGAUAUAUCAUAAUACAUGAUGUGAGGACACCCUUUCAAAUGUAAAGAAGCAGUUUUUCUUUCCAGUAUUCUUAACUUCUUAAUUGAAAUGAGAUCAACCUUUAUAUUAAAUGAAAUUCCGUGUUUUAGGACCUAAUUUUAUCUUUUGUCCUUUUCGCUUUUUUUUGCUUUUAUUUCUUAUUUCUUGUCUGUCCAAAUAAUUUCAAAGAAAAUUGAAAAAAAAAUCAAUUAUGUAAAUCAAAUCUACAUGCUCAUGUUUGGAGUCAUUUUUAUCGUGUACAUCUUAAAAUAACAUGUAUUUAGAAACGGAAUAGUUUGUUACUUUUCCACAUCUGAAAUGCCACAGCGCAAGAAGACUGGGUGAGAUCUUUACUUUUAUAUCGGGAUGCAAUGAUGCCAGUUUUUUUUCCCAAAAAGUAGUGUACGAGUACUUGCAUUUGAGUACUCACUGACACCGCGUACUUAUGCCAUUUUUAUUUUCCAUGUAUAUUAUUUGAACAACUUUGCUCAGUAUGUAUACCAGUACCGUUUAUGGUUUUUCUUUUUUUCUCAGUUAGUACUUGCGCCUUUCGUUCUGUGUGAUGGCCCCAUGGAAGAUUUACUUGCCAGCCCACCUUUUAAUAUUCUCCCAUAAUGAAGCACUCAUGAGAUUAAAAAGUGUGGGAAAAAGUUUCUUACUUCAUCUGUACCUUUGGCUGUCCACAGCCUUCUGAGACAUUCCCCCGCCACAGUAGAAAUAACCGUUUCUCCUGUUUCUGUUGAAGAAUGAUCCAAACCCAAACUUCUUCAAACAGCGUUUAUUCCGUGAGAGAGUCUUCGGCUCGGCCUAAGACCUUGCAGUACAUGUCUGUGACCAGCAGGGGACGUAAACCAGCUGACACUUGUCCGCAACCUCUUCUCACACGCUGGUGAAGAUCGCAACAGUUACAAAGCGUCGUACGUAAAUCUGUCUGUUUACUUUUUUUUAAAUGACUCUCAACUGCCACAAGUUAUAAAUUAAAAUCUAAAUUUGAUUUUUGCAUUCCUUAAAUUACUUCAUGUAAGCAGAUAUAAACAUCAAUGUACAUAUUUACAGAACUAUACACACACACACACACACAGACUACAGUUGGUUUACAUACAUGUAAAUAACUCACUCGCUCCAGCACACACACACACACACUUGCCACUCCAGUGGUCGGCAACUAAAAUUGAUGGAUUUCAAGAUACAGUUUGUGCUUUUUGCGCUGUCUCAGCUUGAAUUGCGACUCUUAUCGGUGAGUGAGUGGUUGUUACCAUAGUGGCUUAGAAUCAUACAAAGGUCUGAGCUGCACCGGAUUCUGCUAGUGUUCAACAGUUUCACAAUAUGGAAAAAUAAAGACUCUACAAAGUCCCACCUAGAAAACACGGCAGCUGCACGGCGGCAUGGGCGAGCCAGUAAUCUGAACACACUGUAAAGCUUUCAUCCGUUUAAAAAGACCUGUUUAUAAAACAGAAUAUCUGAGGGAGUGACUUGUUUGCACCACAAAACGCAGCCGGAGAUGAGGUGAGUUUUAGGCGGGACUUUCUAACUUCACACACAGUAACAUUAAAAUGGCAAAUACAAUCUAUAAAUAUGUUUGUUUUUUUUGUAAAUCCACAAACGCCAUUAUAACGAUUACAUAUUUACAUGGCGACUAACUUUGGACUCAAAUCAAAACUUCAUAUCGACACGUAGCAACAGUGGACAUGUAAAAUGUCACGACAAACAUUGUACUUUUCCUUCCCAUUAAAAAAAAAAAAUUCUAAAAACAAGUUAAAAUUCUCAGCUGUAAGAGCGCCAACGAUUGUUCGCGUCACCAGGCAAAUGGCUGAGGAAAGGUCGAGUCAUAUAAAAUUGGAUGGGGUGAAGUUGAGAUUGCGCCGGACGUGGUUCAAAUGCACCAUGGCUCGGUCGUAGGCGGUGUGGACCGACUUGCGGACGCUGGGCUUCUUUCCCUCCAUCAGCCGCAGCUUGUCCACCGUGUCGUCCAGGCCCAUGGGCAGCAGCUUGUCUCUGGGGAGCCACUGCCUGCAAGUGGCAUUGAGACGUCAGUGUCAGAAGUCAGCAGGGGGUCGGUGCAGCGUGCCCGGGUCUUACCAA